UCUUGGGGGGGAUUACUUCAUUAAUUCACUCCCGUGGUGAUUUCUAUGUGUUCUUGGUGAACCGGCUGAAUUUCUUGCUACUGCUGCAGUUGUAGUAGUAAUAGUAGUAGCUGGGCAUAAGGGUAGAAAUUGUAGUAGUAGUAGCAGUAGCAGUAGCAGUAGUAGUUUUAGUAGUAGUUGGUGUUGUUGAAGUAGUAGUAGGAGUAGUAGUAUCGCAGAGACUACGUUUGAAAACAGUACCAGCGGGGGUGCCAGUCUUGCUGUAAGUUGCAAACGAACACUUUGAAGCAAUGCAAGCACAUCCAAAGUUAUUUCCUCCGACCGUUCAGAAUACCAUGUGAAAAAGUCAUGAUGUAAAGAUAGUUGCUUUUCUUUUCCUUAAAUGUGAUUCUUUAUGUUAACUGUACAUUGAUCCUGUGGACUGUGUUGUUGCUAUGUUAUAGUGGAUCAGGUCCUGGAUUCUAGAAUCACGUUUGGGAACACAUAGUAUAACACGGAACUCACUAGAUCGUACAGCCCGUAGGGUGGACGCCUGGACCCUGUACUGACCACCACAGAGACCAGGAAUCCGGUGUACGCCCUUAUACACAGCUGAGGGAUACACACAACAAAUACCCAGUUGUCUAUCAAUGACAUAAAAGAAUAUCGAGCACAUUUAGAUAUGGACACAGCGGCCAGCCAAAAUCGCGCUGAGGAUUACCGUAAAGAAUUCGUGGAUAAAGGGACAACGCCUACCUCCUCAGAGACUGAUAACUGCUCAGUUCACACGGAGAUAGAGAGAGUGGCAGAACCUGGAUCUUCUGGCAAGAGGAGGUGGAGGUCAAACGAGAACAGAAGACAGAAUAAAGAGAAGAGCAGGAGUCAGGCAGGAAGUAAACGGAGAGUUGAACUUCGAGACUAUCGCUUCAAACAAAAGUCUUUAACAAAUAGAGAAUCAUCUCUGGAUAGCGGAGAAGGAGGGGGCGACGAAGAAGAAGACGAUGGAGACUACGCCGUUAAGCAAGAAAAUAGUGGGGAUAAAGAGCUCUCAUCAAAUUCAGGUAACAGCGAGAGACAAAUGGACGUCAGUGGUUAUGAUCCAAAUGUGCGAAACACAGGAGUUAUAUCGGACUCGACUGGAAUUCUGAAGCGCUCUCCUAACCCCUAUCUGGUGAAAUUCCCCCAACCUUGCCAGUUCUCUGCAGACAGUCGUCUCCUUUCUGAAGUCGUGGUGAGCCCGUUUGGGGAAUCGGCAACAUUGACAGAACAGCAACAACAUAAACUCUCCGUGGCGACCUACGACUCGGCCGUGUCCACAAUGUCAACGCCGUCGGCCGUAUCUGUGUCGAUGGAGUCUCGAGUCUUCUCUUCUCCCAGCAACUCGGAACGCUCCAAAAGCUCCAUCUCUCCCAAACGACCUCGCUCACCGGAGCUAACGAAAGCCCUCAGACUGAGACAGGAAAAGCUCAAGCGUAACCGUGACAUUGACGAAACCAGGAUCCGCCUGAAGUGUCAGCAUGUGGGAGAGAAGCGGGACAGAGGAAGCAGCAGAGGUCAGUCCGGGGAGAGGGCAGGCUCAGCUGCUCAAGCUAGGAGACCUGUGCUAGAAAGAGCGAGAUCUGAGGACUCUAGUAAAAGCUUUCUUCGACAUUUAGCUGGCAAAGACAGUAGCUGUUCCUUAGGAAGUAUGAAGGAAGUAGAAGAGAGGUAUUCCCGAAGAAAAACGCGAUCAAAAUCGGACUCUAUUAGCAAAUCGCCACUUUCCUACGAAAACAAAGGAACGUCACCAGACGACAGCCCCAUGCAAAACACAAUGACACCACCGGCCAUUAUUGAAACUAGUGCAACGUCUGAGGUGUUCGAACGUGCCCCUAGUUCUUUACAUGACAAAAAUUAUCCAUCUACCCAUACUGCUGAAAGACCGGUGACUCUCACUCCACUCGAACGUCGAGAUUCAUCAAAGUCUUCAAGGUCGAGAGAUCGAAAGGAUAAAGAAGCGAAAAAAACCUCACAAUACUCUUCAGACAACCCACGAAGUAGUAAAAGCAAAAGGUCGUCCCAAAUUUCAAAGUCUGAGAGUGUGAAAAACGCCUUACCCGCCGACGAUUCAAAUCCACAGCCUGCCCUUCCUGAGUCUUCCAACACCGAUCAUCCCACAAACCCAGCUCGUUUACCUAAUGAAGAUACGAGUCAUGGCAGGAUUCCCCCGCCGGAAACUGCUCUCGACUCCCUGGCAUCAGCUCAAGAGGUUGAAAAAACGACUGCUGUUACCAUGGACGCCAUUUUGAGAGACGGGCUUCCGGAUAUUCCAGCUUUGGAGAACACCACGGAGUCCGUUGUCAUUGAUUGGAGAGGUGUCUUCCGGGUAGAGAUGAUGCGUCUUCGCAGAGAGGUGAACGAAUUCCGAAAAUUUUGUCAGGAUCAGAUCAAACUACAUGCACUGGCUCUGGAAAAUUCAUGGAGUGGAAAAAGCCGGCCAGAUGGUCUGCAGUCCAAAAAUGGUCUCAGACCAAGCGAACCCCCACGGAUCAGCGAACAGUUGAAAGACCUGGAGGUGAAUAUGGAACUUUUCCAGAAGAAGCAGCGUCUGCUUGACCUUGAGACUGAGAUCCUGGCCAAAGAAGAGCGUCUGUCUGGUAAACAGAAGGACCUGGAAGAGUAUGAGAAGGAGAUCAUUGAUGUGGAGGCCAUGCUCAACCACAGACAGGCUAUCUGUGACAGGCGACAGAGGGCUCUGGUGUCUUUAGACGAGGUUUACAAUAGCUAUUUUUAA